GCGGCAGCCAUCUUUUGACCAUUGAGAAAUCAAAAAAGCCAAACACGCAUGCGUGUGACGUCAGGAACGCAACGUCAUUACCCGGAAGCGAAUAGAAGUUCGAAGCUGACAGCUGAAACCCGGAAGCGCUCGGCAGGAGACUGAGAAGCGGCCGGGGCUGGAUAGUUGAGUAGUUCAGCAUGGGUGCUGAGCAGAGUUCUGAGGGGGAUCUCAGGCAGAAUGAUCUCAGCUCCUCUGUUUCACCAUCUCCUGCCAAGCAGAAAGCAAAGAUGGACGACAUUGUGGUUGUAGCCCCUGGAACCCAGUCCCUCCGUAACGUGAGUAAGGACCCUGAAGUUAUCAAGUUACAAGAGAUUCCGACAUUUCAACCACUUCUAAAAGGUCUCCUGAGUGGUCAGACAUCCCCCACUAACGUCCGGCUCGAGAGACUGGACUCCCCCCAAGUAUUACAGCUGUGCGUGCGUUACCAGGAACACCUGCACCAGUGCGCAGAGGCCGUGUCCUUCGACCAGAACGCCCUAGUAAAGAGAAUUAAGGAGAUGGACUCCUCGGUGGACGGACUUUACAGCCUCAUGCAGGAAAGACAGAAGCGCUUCGCCAAGUACGCCGAGCAAAUCCAGAAGGUCAACGAGAUGUCUGCCAUUCUCCGACGCAUCCAGAUGGGCAUCGACCAGACGGUUCCCCUCAUGGAGAAACUAAACAUCAUGCUGCCCGAAGGCGAGAGACUGGAGCCGUUCUGUAUGAGCCCCGACAGGGAGAGCAAACCGUAGGUUCCGAGGGCCCGGGAGUCCGUAGGUUCUGAGGGCCCAGUGCUGUACAGGAAGCUGGGUACCGAUACUCGGCAACUGAACGGAACCAUAUUCCUGCCAUUUGAGAGCUGUAUGUCAGUGCUUGUAUUGGCACAGCGGCAUAGAUCGGCCCCUAAUACUUGAAGCACAUUCAGGCAAUCGAUCUUUUGCUUCUCUUCCUCUGAUUGGCUGCUCUGUGUGGCAGGGAAAUGGCAGCUUAAUGCCUUUAUACGGAGGAAUACUGGAAAUGGCGUCUCAGGUCAGUCACCUGCUUUAAGCUGAACUCUUCGUGUAUGUGUGUGUGUAACGUCUAUAAACCAUGGAAUCGGAUCUUCUAAGGUGAUUUUUUUGUAUCUUCAAACAAGAGGGAUAGAGAGGGGGGUAAUAUCAGCCAAUCGGACGUGAUGAACUACAAUUCCCAGACUGUUAACUUUCGGUAUGCUAUUGAAUGGCCUAUUCUUAGCAA